AUGAAUAUUCUAAUUCCGAUGGGCGGUCUUGGUCAACGUUUUACUCGAGAGAAUUAUCGUUUUCCGAAACCGUUGAUUAAAAUCGUUGGUCGACCGAUGUUGUUUUGGUUAAUCGAUUAUUUGGAUCUGAAAGAAGAUGAUANCUACGUUCUUAUUUUGGUUCGGUUCAUCAAACAAAAAUUAUCAUCGAUGAUAAUGAAUGUGAUUAUUAUCGGCCGUAAACAAUCAUCAAUCAUUAUCUAUCAAUGA